GAAAACAGAGAUAAACUCAUAAAAGAGAACAAAUAAAAGAGAAGAGAAACACGUUUAAGAAAGGAAACAAACAGAAAUCGAAUAAGUUGCAACGGCAGCUACCGGUUAGAUUCGCGUGUUUGGUUUUCUGGGGAAGGAGCCGAGGCACGAUUGAAUUCCUUUCCCUGGGCCAUUUGAUCUGUGCUCUGCUGUGCUGCCUGCUCUGUUUACCUACUGCCGGUGGAGCUGGAAACUUGUAGAUAUUUCGUUAGCCGUAUGUAUCCUCCAUCUAACUCCGCCCCAGCAACAGCUGUCUGCAUUUAACGCUCAGAAUUGACCAGUCAGCUCGUGGUUAUAACUGGGAACUAGGGAUCAAAAGGAGAAGGGAGGGGUUUUGAUAGUGUCGGCAAAAGAAAUGGAACCCAACAAGAAAAUGGGCACAGCAGCUGGGAAUGGAUGGUCUAAGAUUGAAGAGGAGAAACAGUCAGCGACGCCGGCGGCGGCAAGCACGAUGAGUCCACCGGAGACAGAUGCAAUUAGUGCAGAGGAGCAGAACAAAGUGGGUAUCAUGAGAGCUGUGGUGGAAGCACAAGAUCCAUCAGCUAAGGAAUUGGGGGAUGACUUGAUCCUGAGGAGGUUUCUGAGGGCGAGAGAGAUGGACAUAGAGAAGGCAAGUGCUUUAUUCCUCAAGUACCUAAGCUGGAGGCAUUCCUUUAUGCCCAGUGGCUCCAUUCUAGAUUCUGACAUCCCAAACGAGCUAGCCCAGCAAAAGCUGUACAUGCAAGGCCAUGACAAGCAAAACCGCCCCAUUGUGGUGGCUUAUGGUGCCAAGCACAAGCCUCAGAAAUCGACUCUUGAAGAGUUCAAGCGAUUUGUAGUCUUCACUCUGGAGAGGAUAUGUGCCAGGUUGCCUGCAGGACAGGAAAGGUUCAUUGCGAUCGCGGAUCUGCAAGGGUGGGGAUACACGAACAGUGACAUUAGGGGAUAUCUAGCAGCACUAUCAAUAUUGCAGGACUGUUAUCCGGAGAGGUUGGGGAAAGUGUUCUUGGUGCAUUCCCCUUACAUCUUCAUGACUGCCUGGAAAGUUAUUUACCCUUUCAUCGACCCCAAAACCAAAAAGAAGAUUGUGUUUGUGGAGAAUAAGAAUUUGAGGGACACCUUCCUGGAGGAUAUAGAUGAAAGCCAGCUCCCUGACGUCUAUGGUGGCAUGUUGCCUUUAGUUCCUAUCCAGGACGCGUAGCCUAGCUAGCAGCCACCUUAUAUAAUCUUAAAUUGUUGCUGUUGCUCUAAAUUACUAGCAGCUAACUAAAGAAUGGAGGGAGAUACUACACCAGCAGCACCCUAUUCAGAUGACUGAACUCGCACAAUCUCAAAUCCCUCAAUGUAUUCUCUAAGCAUUCUUUGAUUCCAUUAUAAUAUUUGGUUACAACAUACAUCAUGUUCUAAUGGCAUUCUUUCGAGCCCAGCUAGAUUAAAGAAGGCACUAAGCAUAAAGUAGGUGUUGGGCAUAUUAAUCAUAGCAUAUAACAAGAUAAACAUCUUAUUUACUC